UGCCCCUCCCGGCCCCCGCGCCGCCCCCCGGCCAGGGCCCGUCCUCGUCGUCGUCCUCGGCGCCCCCGCCGCCCUUCGGCCUCUCCAACUCGGCCGCCAUCCGGGCCGAGAUCGGCCGCUUCGAGUCCGUCCACCCCAACAUCUACGCCAUCUACGACCUGGUCGAGCGCGUCGAGGACCUCGCCCUCCAGGCCCAGAUCCGCGAGCACGUCAUCGCCAUCGAGGAUUCCUUUGUGAACAGCCAGGAGUGGACACUCAGCCGCUCGGUGCCGGAGCUCAAAGUGGGGAUUGUGGGAAACCUCUCCAGUGGGAAGUCGGCCCUGGUGCAUCGCUACCUGACGGGCACCUACGUCCAGGAGGAGUCCCCCGAAGGCGGCCGGUUCAAGAAGGAGAUUGUGGUGGACGGGCAGAGCUACCUGCUGCUGAUCCGGGAUGAAGGAGGGCCCCCUGAGCUGCAGUUUGCGGCCUGGGUGGACGCGGUGGUCUUUGUCUUCAGCCUGGAGGACGAGAUCAGCUUCCAGACCGUCUACAACUAUUACGUCCGGCUCUGCAGCUACCGCAACACCUCCGAGGUGCCGAUGGUCCUGGUGGGCACUCAAGAUGCCAUCAGUGCCAGCAACCCCCGGGUGAUUGACGACUCCAGAGCCAGGAAGCUCUCCAAUGACCUGAAGCGCUGCACCUACUAUGAGACAUGUGCCACCUAUGGGCUCAAUGUGGAGCGGGUCUUCCAGGAUGUGGCCCAGAAGGUGGUGGCCCUGCGCAAGAAGCAGCAGCUCUCCAUCGGCCCUUGCAAGUCGCUGCCCAACUCCCCCAGCCAUUCCUCCGUCUCGGCCGCCUCCAUUCCCUCCGUGCACAUCAACCAGGCUGCCAACGGGAGCGGGGCCUUCAGCGACUACUCCUCCUCGGUGCCCUCCACCCCCAGCAUCAGCCAGAGGGAGCUGCGGAUCGAGACCAUUGCCGCCUCCAACACCCCCACCCCCAUCCGCAAGCAGUCCAAACGCCGCUCCAACAUCUUCACAUCGCGGAAAGGGACGGACCUUGACCGGGAGAAGAAGGGGCCCGAGUGCAAGGCGGACUCCAUCGGCAGCGGGAGGGCCAUCCCCAUCAAGCAGGGGGUCCUCCUGAAGCGCAGCGGGAAGUCCCUCAACAAGGAGUGGAAGAAGAAGUAUGUGACGCUCUGCGAUAACGGGGUCCUGACCUACCACCCCAGCCUCCACGACUACAUGCAGAACAUCCACGGGAAGGAGAUCGACCUGCUGCGGACGACGGUCAAGGUGCCGGGCAAGCGCCUCCCCAGGGCCACCACCACGGGGGCCCCCAGCACCAGCCCCAAGACCAACGGCCUGGCCAAGGAGCGGAGCAGCGCCCAGUUCCCCGGAGGGUCCAGUGCCCCCCACUUGGCCAGCAGCACCUCUCUGCUCUCGGAGCGCUCGGGCAGCGGCACCAACCUGGUCAGCUUCGGUGUGAAGCCAGAGUCGUCUGGCAGCGGCGGCGGCAGCGGGAUGCACCAGCGCUCCUACUCGGUCUCCAGCGCUGACCAGUGGAGCGAAGCCGUCGUCAUUCCCAGCACUGGGGGCAACCCAGCCAAUGGUGGCGGGGGCACAGUGGACUCCCUGAGCUCCAGCCCCAACGUCUCCAGUGCGGCCAGUCCCAAGCUGGAGCCCCCGCCCUCCCCGCACGCCAACCGGAAGAAGCACCGGCGGAAAAAGAGCACCGGCUCCACGCGGCCAGAGGGGGGCGGCACCGCGGCCGAAGAGCAAGACGAGUCCUUUGAGUUCGUCCUGGUGUCACUGACCGGUCAGUCCUGGCUCUUUGAAGCCUCCACGGCGGACGAGCGGGAGCUCUGGGUCCAGGCCAUCGAGAGCCAGAUCCUGGCCAGCCUUCAGGGCUGCGAGAGCAGCAAGAACAAGGCUCGACUGGGGGGACGCGGGGACGCUCUCGCUCUGCAGUCCAUCCGCACGGUUCGAGGGAACAGCUUCUGCGUGGACUGCGAUGCCCCCAACCCCGAUUGGGCCAGCCUGAACUUGGGGGCCCUGAUGUGCAUCGAGUGCUCGGGCAUCCACCGCCACCUGGGCACCCACCUCUCGCGCGUCCGUUCCCUGGACCUGGACGACUGGCCGAUGGAGCUGGUCAUGGUGAUGACGGCCAUCGGGAACGCGCUGGCCAACUCCGUCUGGGAGGGGGCCACUGAGAACUACCCCCGCCCAACGCCCGACAGCUCCAGGGAGGAGAAGGAGCGCUGGAUCCAGGCCAAAUACGAGCAGAAGCUCUUCCUGGCUCCUCUGCCACUCUCGGACGUCCCGCUGGGCCAAACGCUGCUCCGGGCCGUGGUGGAGGACGACCUGCGGGCCGUAGUCACGCUCCUGGCGCACGGGUCCAAGGAGGAGGUCAACGAGACCUAUGGGGACGGCGACGGACGGACGGCCCUGCACCUCUCCUGUGCCAUGGCCAACGUGGUCUUCACGCAGCUCCUCAUCUGGUACGGAGUGGACGCCAAGAGCCGGGACGCCCGCGGCCAGACCCCCCUCGCUUACGCCCGCCGCGCCGGCAGCCAGGAAUGUGUGGACAUCUUGCUGCAGCACGGGUGCCCCAGCGAUGCGGCCGGGGGAGGAGGGGGACCCCCCGGCACCCUGACCCCCAGCCUGCCCCGCCGCAACGCCAACAACAACGCCGCCUCCGGCCCCCUCUGCCCCGAGGGACCCUGACCUCCAAGGCCCCCCCAUUGACCCGCAGCCAGAGCUGGCAAGAAGCAGGGGCAGACCCCCCUCCCUCCCAACAUGGCGCCCAAGGACUUGUGGGGUGGCUGGGUGACCCCUUUUGCACCCCAUUUGGGGGGGGGAGGCCCUGGAAGAAAGGGAAGUGGGGCCACAUGGGCCCCUGAAGAAAGGGAAGCCCCCCCCCCCGCUCCAUGGCUCACUGUUUGUAGCAGAAGCCCCCCUUUGUGUCCCCCUCCCCCGGGGCUACAGCAGCCCUUCUGGGCCAGUCUGGGGGCUCACUGGCUGACCCCUCCCCACAGACCCGUCUUAGGUGCUGCUUCUUCCCGCAGGCCCCUCCCCGCCGUCCCCUGUGUAUAAAAUGUACAUUGGAAAUAUUUAUAUGAUAGUAUGUAAAUAAGGGUCCUUGGCCGUCUGCCUCUGUGUGUCCGAGCGAGUGAGUGUGCCCCCUUGACCUUUGACCUGCGGCCUCGGAAGAGAAGCUGCCCAAUAAAGACUCUGCCACUUGG